CCUAUUUUUGUGGUCUAAUUUUGGUUUCGUGAAAUGAGUGUUUUCCUAUUUAAUUUUCCCCCCUAUAUUAUAUAUUCUCCCUCUUUUUAGGUUGUUGUUCUCUCUAGAACUGCUGCUGCCGCGUGAAGAUAAAGCUUCUGCUCUCAUCGUCGAAGAACUUUCUGCGGCUCCAAAUUUCAAUUUAAACAGAAUGUCGGACGGUCAAGAAACUGAUAAGAACAUUGAGAUAUGGAAAAUCAAGAAGCUUAUCAAAGCACUGGAAGCUGCCCGAGGCAAUGGUACCAGUAUGAUUUCUCUUAUCAUGCCUCCACGCGAUCAAAUAUCUCGUGUUACUAAGAUGCUUGGAGAUGAAUUUGGAACUGCAUCUAACAUCAAAAGCAGAGUAAAUCGCCAAUCUGUUCUGGGUGCAAUUACAUCUGCUCAGCAGAGACUGAAAUUGUACAAUAAGGUUCCUCCAAAUGGACUCGUGCUUUAUACUGGAACUAUCGUCACUGAGGAUGGGAAGGAAAAGAAAGUAACAAUUGACUUUGAGCCAUUCAGGCCUAUAAAUGCUUCGCUUUAUCUCUGUGACAACAAGUUCCACACUGAGGCGCUUAACGAACUUCUAGAAUCUGAUGACAAGUUUGGCUUUAUUGUUAUGGAUGGUAAUGGGACCCUUUUUGGGACAUUGAGUGGUAAUACUAGGGAGGUUCUUCACAAAUUCACUGUGGACCUUCCUAAGAAGCAUGGAAGAGGAGGACAAUCUGCUUUGCGGUUUGCCCGUCUGCGGAUGGAGAAGCGCCACAACUAUGUGAGGAAAACAGCGGAGCUUGCAACCCAAUUUUUUAUUAAUCCUCAGACAAGCCAGCCGAAUGUUGCAGGACUCAUACUUGCUGGUUCAGCUGACUUCAAGACGGAGCUCAGUCAGUCUGAUAUGUUUGAUCCUCGUCUACAGGCAAAGAUUUUGAAUGUAGUGGAUGUUUCUUACGGAGGGGAAAAUGGCUUCAAUCAGGCAAUUGAGCUGUCCGCUGAGAUCCUGUCCAAUGUAAAAUUUAUACAAGAGAAGCGUUUGAUAGGCAAGUACUUUGAGGAGAUCAGUCAGGACACUGGCAAAUAUGUUUUUGGUGUGGAUGACACAUUGAAGGUUCUAGAAAUGGGUGCUGUUGAGACACUUAUUGUGUGGGAAAAUCUGGACAUCACUAGAUACAUGUUGAAGAAUACCGUCACUGGUGAAGUUACCAUAAAACACUUCAACAAGGAGCAAGAGUCUCAGCAGAGUAACUUCCGUGAUCAAGCCACAAAUGCUGAAUUGGAGGUUCAGGAGAAGCUGUCGCUGCUCGAAUGGUUUGCCAAUGAAUAUAGACGAUUUGGUUGCACGCUGGAGUUUGUCACUAACAAAUCACAAGAGGGAUCCCAGUUUUGCCGAGGUUUUGGAGGAAUUGGAGGAAUCCUGCGCUAUCAGUUGGAUGUUCGAGCUUUUGAUGAUCUUUCUGAUGAUGGAGAAGUUUACGAAGAUUCUGAAUAGCAAUCAAUCAAAUUCUCCAUUUCCAGUGCAGGGAUGGAGGGGAGGCCUGCACUGGUGCGCAAGGGCUCGCGCUUGACUCGCCGCUCGGACUACUUGGAUAUAAAAACUCGAAGGAAUUACAUGGAGGCAACUAUCUGGAGGAGAUCAGAAAUUGGACUUGAGAAGGGUGUACGAAGAUUUGCAACCGAUGUAGCUGAAACAUCGUUAUUGGUCAGAUAUGGGAACUUUGUGAUUAUGCUUUCAGGAGAGAGGAUGGAUUGCUUCUGAAAGCUAAGACAUUACAUCUCGUUUUUAGUUAUGCCCUGGCAGUUUGGAAGACAAUAAUAUAUACUGUAAUAAGUACUGCAUCUGGGUUCCUAUUACUGCAUCAGACUUCUUUUGUUAGUAAUGUAUGCAUGUUUGCUUAUGGCAGUAUACAUAUUCUUCUUGCUUCUUUA